GUGACGCCACUGCACGUUGAUUGGCGGCUUGCGGGGCGUGUAUCCGUGACGUCGACCAAGAAAAAUGGCGACGAUGGCAAGAGGCUCUUCCGUGGUCUAUAGAAGAUUGCUGAUCCAUCAGUACCGCCGGCGAUGUUCAAGUGCACAGGAGGCGCGGAGCCUUGCCACGCUUCGCUUGCUUCCUACCCCCACAUUGGACAGGAAGUUGCAGGUGUGCAGCAGAAGCUUCCAGAUGUUGGGCCGUACUCUGCACGGGUCUGCAGCGUGUCACAGAGCCGUCGUCCAGUUCAAACUGUCUGAUAUCGGCGAGGGAAUCACGGAGGUGACGGUGAAGGAGUGGUACGUGAAGGAGGGAGACAGAGUGUCUCAGUUUGACAGCAUCUGCGAGGUGCAAAGCGACAAGGCGUCGGUCACCAUCACCAGUCGAUACGACGGCGUCGUCACAAAACUUUACUACGACACCGACGACAUCGCCCUGGUGGGCAAACCGUUGGUGGACAUCGAGACCGAGUCCACUUCGGAUGUGAUCCAGGAAGAAGACGUGGUAGAGACGCCCGCCAUGGCUCGAGAGGAACACACCCACCAGGAAAUCAAGGGACUCAAGACCCAGGCUACACCCGCCGUCAGACGCCUCGCCAUGGAGAACAACAUCAAGCUGAGCGAGGUGGUGGGCUCUGGAAAGGAUGGACGCAUCCUGAAGGAGGACAUUCUCAACUUCCUGGCUAAGCAAACGGGAGCCAUCUUGCCCCCGAGUCCCUUUGGGGAGAUCCGGACUUCUUCUCCGGCUCCCACCGGCCCCCACCGGUCCCCGCUCUCGCCGGUCCCCAAGCCACCGCCGCUUGCUGCAUCCCUCCGCGACCUGGCUGGCAAAGAUGUGACCGAGCCGCUCAAAGGCUUCCAAAAGGCGAUGGUGAAGAGCAUGAUGGCAGCGCUUAGCAUUCCUCACUUGGGGUUGUGCGAGCAAGUGGACCUCAGCCGCCUGGUGGCGCUCCGGGCCGAGCUGAAGACCGAGGCCCGCGGUCACGGGCUCAAACUCAGCUACAUGCCCUUCUUCAUUAAGGCCGCCUCCCUCUGCCUCACCCGUUUUCCCAUCCUCAACGCCUCAUUGGAUGAGUCCUGCCAGAACAUCACAUACAAGGCAUCCCAUAACAUCGGCGUGGCCAUGGACACAAGCCUUGGUCUGCUGGUUCCCACCGUGAAGAACGUGCAGCUGCUCAGCAUCCUGGAAGUGGCGCAGGAACUUAACCGGCUCCAGGAGCUUGGCGCCGCCGGCCAGCUGGGAACAGCGGACCUGAGCGGAGGAACCUUCAGCUUGUCCAACAUUGGAUCGAUCGGGGGGACGUACGCCAAGCCUGUCAUCCUUCCGCCAGAGGUCGCCAUCGGGGCACUGGGGAAAAUCCAGGUGCUGCCACGCUUCGACGUCUCCGGUCACGUGACCCGUGCUCACAUCAUGAAUGUCAGCUGGUCGGCCGACCACCGCAUCAUCGACGGCGCCACCAUGUGUCGCUUCUCCAACAUGUGGCGAGACUUCCUGCAGAAUCCAGCCAGCAUGCUGCUGCACCUUAAGUGAAUCGCUGUCUCCCUCCCGAACAUCAUCGUGAGGAAGUUGCUCCGCCUCAAUGGCCUUCCUGACAGACAGAAAAAAAGGAGUGCCUGAAUAGAGAGGUCACCCUCCACUGGCCACUCCCACUCCCAGAUGACUGACACUGUCCCUUUCAGAAGGCAGUCAUUUGAUCUUGUGAUGUGAUUAUCGGUGGCGCGUUUCUUGUUACGCUCUGUUACUGCCUCAGUUCGUCUCGGGACGAGCCGGCACACUCUUGUAUUAAAAUAGAAACAAAUAAAUGGUCAUACAUCUUU